AAGACGUUUAAGUCAGUCAAUUUAGAAUAAGAUAAAGAAACAACCAACCACCAUUCCAAUUUCCUUUUAUCGUUUCUCACCAUCCACACGCAACUAUAUAGCGGGGGCAUUGCAUAUUCAAUAUUCUGCCUGACUCUGAAAUUCAACCAUCAAUUCUUCUACAAUUAGCGAGAGGAAAGGUAGGUUUGAUGAUCAAGCUCAGCAACAGAGCUCACAAUUGAAUUGGUGUCUUUGUGAUUGAGGAUGAAGCAGAGAAAGGAAAAAUCAGAAGGUGAUGUUUAUGAAUCUAUGGCGGAGGUGGUUCCUAGGUCACCGGUUCCGCCGCCGCCACCACCUCCACUUCCAAAAUUCUCAAAACGAAAGCCAGAAGAGAGUGUCACAAACCGAGAAAUUGCCAGGUUUUGGAGGCAAAAGAGGAUCGAGGAAGAGGACCACCUCCUUGCUGCUAUCAAAGCUGCUGCUAGACUCCGUGCACGCAAUCUCACGGAGCAAGAUUAUCAGAGAUUCGAGUUGUCCCUGAAGACCGAUAAUGACUAUGCUGAAACCGAGAAAGAGAGUGUGAAAUGGAAAGCAGAGACAAAUGUUCAUAGCAAAACUCUUGCUAAGGACCAAGAAGUGCGCGUUGGAAUCAAGGAUUGGUGGACAAAAAGCAAAUAUGCGUAUUUGAAUCAACCAGCAAUAGAUUCCAUGGAUCUUCCUAAGAAACGAAGCUCUACCUAUGUUCCCAAUUUUCUCUCUUACCAGCCCAAGCCUUUGUAUGCUUCUGCUAUUGGUGUCUUUUAAGCCAUAUUGCAUGCAGUUUGUCGAUUAAUAAUUAUCUGAAAUUGCUGGUAGUUCUCACGUCGUCGUUUCAUUCGUCAUUUUUUUUUUGUGGGGGAGCACCCUUCUUCAGUGUUUGGUUUGUCAUUCAAAUGUGUGUCCAUGUCCUUUUAUGUACAGUGCUGGACAUUCUAAAUAACAUGCCACUAUUUUGUAAUGUCUAUGUAUCAUUC